AGAAUGCUGCUCCUCUGGCAUGGUCUAGCUGUAGCAGUUGUCCAGAUCUGUAUCUUCUCAGAAAACUGGGUGUUUGCCAAGAACAUCAACUUCUAUAAUGUGAGACCUCCUCUCGAUCCAACACCAUUUCCAAACAGCUUCAAGUGUUUUACCUGUGAAAAUGCAGAGGAUAAUUAUAACUGCAACCGAUGGGCGGAAGACAAAUGGUGUCCACAAAAUACACAGUACUGUUUGACAGUUCAUCACUUCACCAGUCAUGGGAGCAGUAUAUCCAUCACCAAAAAGUGCGCCUCCAAGAGCGAAUGCCAUUUUGUUGGUUGUCACCGCAGCCUAGGUUCUGAACAUACAGAGUGCAGGUCUUGUUGUGAAGGAAUGAUCUGCAAUGUAGAAUUACCCACCAAUCACACGAACGCAGUCUUCGCAGUUAUGCAUGCUCAGAGGACUUCCGGCUGUAGCACCCACACGCUCCACCUGCCAGUACUUGUUUGGGUCUUCUUGCUUCCAUUGCUAUGA